GAUACCACCAUUCCAAAGCAGGAGCAUUGUCCAGAGGAGAGGCGGCGGAGUGUGCGGUAAACCAUGGCGAUGGCGCGGCGGCGGCGUGGAGCCAGAAAAGGCGGCGGCGCGGAGCAGCACGCGGCCAGGAGGCGGGCGCAGAUGGCUCGGUUGCGGGCUCGUGGCGUCAGGCGGUCAGCGCAUCGGCGGCGAGGGACAAGGCGGCAGUCAGAGGCUCGCAGGCACCGUGGCCCGAGGGCACGCGGCGAGCCAGCGAUGUCCCGGUCGAGGAGCGGGGUCAUGGCGCCAGGCGACGGCGGCGGCGGCGGUCGGGGCUUCAGAGGUUGGGGUUCGCCGGCGCAGGUACGGACGGCGGCCGGUCGCCGCCCUACCCCAGAGUCGGUGGGUCCGCGCUGGCCCACAUGCGUGUUUAGCGGGGACCACAUGCUAUUGGGUACGCCCUGUGCCGCGCCUUCACUGGAAGGAAGCAUCAACUUCAGCACGAAUCGCAAGGCAAAAUGGACGGUUGGUACCAACCACGCGCCAAGAGAGUGGCAAUAGCGGCGUAUAUAUUUCGGAAAAGGAGGUGCUGUCAAGGGGGCCCCACUCGCAAACGGAACCAGGAAGAAGAAGCAAACCAUCACCACCACCACCUCCUCCUCCCCUCCUCGUCGAUUGCUCAUCGUCUUCCUCACCGGGAUGGCGGACCAGGAGGAUCAGGAUGAUGGCGGAAAAGGGGCACCAGCCAGCAUUGAGGAACAACAAUAUAUGGAUUUUCCUCCCUCUUCUCUACAUUCUUAUGUUCCAGAACAACCUGAAAUAAGUCUGGAUGCUGAAUCCAUGAAAAUGCUGACCUCUCUUCCACUCUAUGGAGAACCACUAUGCACUAAUGAGAGUAUCAUUGCCCACGUUAAGUCUGUUAAGGGAAUACUUGAAUCACUCCUUCGGAGAAAUGACUGGCUCAAGGUUGAUGAGUACCUGACAAAGAUUGUUUCUGAAAAUUAUUUGAACUCAUACUCUGCCAUUUCUGGUGUACCAAUGAGUGAAAUUAAUCAAGCACACCCCGAGCUUGCUUUACUGGCAAGGCGGCAACAUGUUUAUGAUCUGCUUGUGGAAGGGAAGUAUGAUGAGGCCAGUGACUAUUACAAUGCGAAUGUCGCUAUUCUGGAGAAGUGUAGGAGCAAAAGAGUGCGCACUGCAUCAUCAGAUCUCAAAGUUCUUAUCAGCAAUCGAACUGCAGCAGUGAAUAAUGAUGUUGAUACUGGCAUGGCUAUCAAGGACUACAUCUACCUUUACUAUCCCAUUUUCAGGCCUGAUAUUCGGAAGAGAAACUUUGGGAGAAAACCCCACGAACUGUGGGAGUUUGCUUGGCGCAAGAGUACAGUUUCAGGCUUCAGAUGUUUUGCAUGCCAUAAGGUCUUUAAGCAUAAGAAACUCACCAUGAUUGAGUCACACUUGAAGGGGGAUAGAACAGAUGAUAUCACUGCUUGUCCAGCUGUAACGGAGAAUGUCCUCUCCCGCCUCCAGCUCGCCCUGGAUACUGGAGCAGCAGGCAGGCUCUCCCGUAAGAUAGAAAGAGGAAGGAUGAGCCGCGACACUCAAAGUACUGGAGAUGAGCAUCCCUCUCCAGAUGGAGAAGAAGAUGGUAGAGGAGACGGAUGCACAGACUCUGCUGGCCCUUCAAAUGCUGUACCAGCCUGCUAGAUUUCCCUUCUGCUAACAGUGAAAAGAAGUCAGUAGCAACACAUCAUAUCAUGCUGUAUAUAUGCUUAGAAAAAAGAACAGUUAAAUCGUGCUGCCAGCAACAAGUUACAGCUAGAAAGUAGCACACAGCUUACCUUUAGAGACAUGGUAUAGAGAGAGACCUUGCCUUUGGCCUGCCGGAAGUAACAGCAAUGUUGAUUGUUUGAGACUGAGUUGAGAUGUGGUAUAGUGAAUGGUGGUACGAAAUUGCACGCUGUCCUGCUUGCUCGAAGAACGUUGCCUGCAUCAGGGUUAUAUAUAGUAUAUGAUGCCUCUCAUUGUUGAUGCUUCUCUUCCUCGUUUUUGUUCAGGGUCAUCACUUGCUGUCUUGUCUGAUAUAGAGUGCGGCAAAGAGUGCAUGAGUAGGGUAGGGAAGCAUCUAAACUAAUGAUAGCACUGGAUAUGAUAUUCUUUUGGUGAAUUGGACUGAUAUUAUUUUCUUUUUGGACUUACAUGAAUUUUGGAAUUUGCAUCAA